GGGUGGGUGGGAUCUAACGGGGAGAGGAGGGCCAGCUUCUGUCGGCCCGCUGUCACUGUUCAGCUCCGCGGGUCAUCGCACCAUCCAGACGGUGAAGAAUCUUAAACAGGCCUCUGAAAUUAUAAAGGAUGUCUCGAGAGCAGCAGGCGGUGGCUCGGGCCAGGAAAGCCUUUGAAACAGGACGGUCUAGACCUCUGGAGUACCGGAUCCUCCAACUGAAGAACCUGCAGCGCUUAUUUUUAGAAAGGCAGAAAGAGAUUUCGGACGCCAUCAAGAAAGAUCUUAAUAAAAGCGAAGUGGGGACGCAGCUGUUCGAAACUCUAGGUCUGGAGGGGGAGAUCGGCUUGGCCGUCCGGAAGCUGAAGGAAUGGGCAGCCCCCCGCCCCGUGGAGAAGAACCUGCUGACCCUCUCUGACACGGUGUACAUCCAACCUGAGCCGCUGGGGGUGGUGCUGAUCAUCGGGGCCUGGAACUACCCAUGGGCGGUCACCAUCCAGCCGCUCAUCGGAGCUAUCGCCGCAGGUAACGCGGCUGUGGUGAAGCCCUCAGAAGUCUGCGUUCACUCUGCGAAAGUCAUGGAGGAACUCUUGCCGCUUUACAUCGACAAGGAGCUUUACCCCGUGGUGACGGGAGGCGUUCCAGAGACCCAGGAGCUGCUGCGGCAGCGGUUCGAUCACAUCUUCUACACCGGCAACAGCAUGGUGGGCAAAGUGAUCAUGGAGGCUGCGGCCAAACACCUGACCCCCGUCACCCUGGAGCUGGGCGGCAAGAGCCCCUGCUACAUCGACAAGAACUGCGACAUCAGCAUAGCCUGCAGACGGAUCACCUGGGGAAAGUACACAAACUGUGGUCAGACCUGCAUCGCCCCAGACUACAUCCUCUGUGAUCCCGGCAUUCAAGACCGGGUCAUCGAGGAGGUCAAGAAGUCCAUUAAGGAUUUUUACACAGACAGCCCAAAGACAUGCCCAGACUAUGGACGCAUCAUCAACCAGCGGCACUUUAAGAGGAUCAUGGCUUUGUUGGAGGACAGCACAGUGGCUGCAGGGGGAGACAACGACGAGUCAGACUGCUUCAUCGCUCCCACAGUGCUGCGGGACGUGAAGCCCGAGGCCAAGGUGAUGCAGGAGGAGAUAUUUGGUCCUCUGCUUCCCAUAAUUCCUAUCAGUGGCCUGGAUGAGGCCAUAAAGUUCAUCAACAAGGGAGAAAAACCCCUGGCUCUGUACGUCUUCUCCGCAGAUGAAAAGGUGAUCAACAGAAUGAGAGACGAGACGUCCAGUGGAGGAUUCCUGGCCAACGACUGUCUGGUUCAUUUUUCGGUCAGCUCGCUGCCGUUUGGCGGAGUGGGAAACAGCGGCAUGGGCUGCUACCACGGCAAGUUCAGCUUCGACCAGCUGAGCCACCUGCGCGGGUGUCUCAUCAAAAAGCUGAAGAUGGAGGGCGUGAACGACAUGCGCUACCCGCCGCACACACCCAAGAAACUGGGCUGGGCCCGCUUCUUCAUCCUGAAGACCCUCGACCUCGGCUGGCUGGGCAGGAUGCUGCUCCUGGGCCUGCUGGCUGUGGUGGCAGCCGUUGUGCUCCAGAAGUAUCUACGCUGAGACAAAGACUCACGUCGAGGGUAUUGCUGUCUUCCUUUCCUGUCACAGAACGGGGGGGAUAAAAUCAGAGUAAAUAGACAACAAAUCAUACUAAGUCAAAUCAGCAUCUUCAGUAAUAUGCAAGCCAUUUUACGGCUGUUGCCUUAAAUCCGUUCACCAUUUCAAUAAUAAUAAUAGAAGUGUUAUUUACCUGUGUUGGAGGAACUUUUGUUUAUCGUCAUGAAUUGAUGCUACGUUGUUAUUCACCUGUUGGAAGUUUGCACACUUGGUAUCAAAAAUGAAGAAAUCAGCUCUAAUGAAGUAACGGAAUAGGCUCAUGUACUGUGGGACACACAGUAGGAAAUGAGCUUUAAAGAAGAAUUAAUGUUUCCAUAAAAAGCUGGAAACAUGAAGUUUGUCGAUUUUAUCAAUGGUUUGGUUUUUACGAUGCCGCUGUGACCGGGUUUCGGUUCCGUUCUGCCAUUUUGAAGUUUUUCUGACAACAUCUGCUGCAUGAAAAUCGUUCUUCCGCCUAGAGUUCGUCUCCGAGUUUGGUUUCUGAACCAAACAGAAUCACAUGAAGGAUAUUUUUGUUCAGUUUGUGCUGAAAGCGGUCCUUAGAUACAGCAAGCAUGAACAAAUGUUAAACAUUUCUAUUACUGCACCAUUAACAUUUCAAGAACUUGUAAUUAUUAAUAAAAAUAUAAAUAAGUCUGUUUUAAUUAAUAUUAAAUAUAUUUCCACUUGUUUGUGUUUUGACUUGUGUAUUUUCUAAAAGUUCAAACAUU